GAUAAAAUGUAAAAAAAAACACCUGAAACAAUAAACGGAUACGCGAAGGAACGAGUAUAAAUACCGAAGAUUUGUCACAGAACCGUCAGAAUCCUCGCAAGACUUUACCAGUCGAGCAUUUGCAAUCUAUUUUGAAGCUAAAACUAGUUUUUUGUGAAACUUUUUAUCGUACGAAUUUCACUGUCAAAUUUCUCAACGAACAUUAUCUACGAGUAUUGCAACGAUGGUGAGACUUUCUGACUUUUUUGCCAUUUGGCUACUCACCAUUGGAAUCGUUAGCUGCUAUGUCUCCAGCGAUCGAGCCGCUUCAGCGAAUGGCAUUGACUUUUCCGAAAACUCUGAAAGUUAUCAGAAAAAUGCUAACAACUUCGUUAAUGUCCCUGCUCAUGAUCAAAAUGAAGAUCCCAACGACGAUAACGAAUUGGCAAAUGGAAGAAGUGAGGAAGAGGGUGUUGCAGGUUCCGUAGAUCCUGAAAAGUCAUCGGACCACAAAAGGAUCGCUAGAAACAUUUGCAAACCGGCCGACGAUGUGAAGGUACGAAUUUGCUAUAGAGGGCUUUGCAGAUCUCCCCCUGCGAACGCAACAGCUUAAAACAUUUAAGCAAGAAUACAGGAUGAAACAGAUGUCAGAAUAAUAGUCAGAAUAUCGCGAAAUUAUCCCCGGCCCCAUGAUGUUGGUAAUACUUUAUUUAUGGUUUAAUGAUCAAUGUAAUUCGGCUAUGAAUAAAAUCUUCUUUUCAUUGCA